UGUCCGCAGGUCGGUGCACGACAUGUGACAUUCAAGCCACUUCUGGCUCUGGCGGCCGCCGAUCUUCGGUAUCUGUCUUGCAUGAACUAGCGCAACGACAAUGGCAUUACUCAAGCGUCUCUCAGACGGUGUCUGGUCAUUCUUAUCACCAAAGAAGACUGGUGAAACACGUAAAGCCUCUGCCAACACCGAGCCACGACAUAGGAAUGGUAAUCGUCGCCUCUCCGGUUAUGACACCGUGCGGCAGUGCCGAUCAAUGACUCCAAGCAAUCGUGUUAGCACGAGGAGGACAGGAAGUGCAGGCUUGAACAGGAAGCAGACGCAUACACCUGGCGCUGGCGCUGGAAGCCGACAGAACGUGCCGAAGAUGGACAGGUAUGCGCACGACACACCUAUGGAAGACGACCUUAACGCGGUGGGGUACAAUGAGCGAGCUCCGAGCCACGACUACCGUGACGGAGAUGAUCAGUAUGGGCGAGAAGAUGCUGGCGAGGACGUGGACGUGGAUGAAGACGAGGACGAGGAUAUGGACGACCUGUCGAGCAGUCUGGAUAACAUCCAUGUCCUCUCCAAGUCUCCCAGCUCCUCACGCAAAGGCUACGUGGAGGAUGACGUAGACCUAGUCAACGACACCACCAUCGUGAUAUCAGAAGAAGAAUAUGUGCAAGAGAACGCUCGCCGACGGAAGCUCAUCAACCUCCCAGGAGAGCAAUCUAGCAGAGGUGUCUCCACCGAGGAGUUACGAGCAGCAGGUUGGGAUGAUGACCACAUCUACCUCGUGCAACGCAUUGCCAUGCGCGGCUUCGAGCCUCUUCUACCACUCUACUGGCAAUGGGACUACCGCUACAUGCCCGACCUUCUUUUCGCCGCCGAAGACGAAGACGCACCCAUUAACAGCGCGCGCGCCUCCCACCGUCGCGCCAUCAAAGCACUCAACCACCUUAUCGAGCUGGGCGGGAGAAUGCGCGACUGCAUCGCCAUCGGCGGUCCGCUAACACCGGACCUCCAAGCCCACAGGAUCAUUAAAGCCUACCUUGAUUGGGCAGAUCAAGACGCCAACCUGGACCCUCGGACCAGCAUCCCACUUAUAGCCCUCGAAACCAGACCAGCAGACACACCCGCCGAGCUCCUCACCGCCGCUAUUCGCCUCAGGAUGGCGCGUCUCCACGCGCGUUACUCCCGUGCCUUCCGCGUCGAGCGCUCGAUCGAGUUAACCCCAGCCUCUACCACCAGCAAUUCAGCGGUGACUUUUGCAUACCCAAUCCCGCAGAUCUACGGCAUCAUCUCUUCGCACACGCUCAUCGCCAUUGUGGCUUACCGGAGCGAUACUACCACGCCGGAGAUGGAGGACGCAAACGAGGUGAGGACUGUGGCCUACUUCGAUAUGAAAGAUAAGGACUACGAUGUCUGGAACGCGCUAGCCAUUGCGAUCUUGGUGUGCCAUGCGAGGGAUGUGCGGUUGAGGGUGGCGGAGGAGACGGGGCGAGGGGUUCAGGAGGCUAGUUGGAGGCGGGAAGGAGAGCAAGAAGAGGAUGUGGACCUUUGAGGUUGUGGCUGUGCGGUAAUGCCAUACGUCCCCUGUGGUAGACCGUGAGCAGCGGUGCUGGUUUGCUGUGGACGAUGAUGAUACUGAUGACGAUGUUCAUGUUUGUUACUUGAUCUACCUGCGAUAUACCCCAUGAGCGGAAUCCAAACGCUAGCUCGUUUGUGAACAUGAACGAAUAUACAUGGC